GAGAGGAAGUUCUCCAAAGUUUUUUUCCCCCCGUUUAAGGAGUCCGAAGACUUUCCGUUACCUUUAACGAGAAGAACAAACGGGGACUUGUGGAUUAUUUAACGCCAAAAAGACUGCUUUUUGUGUUCUACGUUGAGGCCCGCUCACAGGAAAAGUGCUUUUGUCCAGGUCGUGGUUCGUUUCCCGGCGGAGAGGACUUGCACCAUCCGAGGCGAUGAGAUGUGAGUGAGCUAUGCCUUGUGGAAAUGGACAGACUUUAUCCACACGAAAACAUGGCGUCUGCGUCCCGGGGAUUAAGCUGUUUUCCGGUGUGCUUUUGGCGCUCUGCUGCCUGGAGGUCUGGGGCUCCGGGCCGCCGGCGGAGAGCGGCCGAAACUGCUCGCCGUGUCCCGCUAACUGCAGCUGCGUGCUGGCCGCGGGGCCGUCGCACUCCUGCCUGGUCAACUGCUCUAACAUCGGUCUGGACAGGGCCCCUGGAGCCGCGGACCUCCCCGUCAACACCAACAUACUAGAUCUGUCCAAGAACCACAUCUCCUCCCUGGACACCAGCCUGCUAGACCGUCACACCGGCCUCCGCGAAUUGUAUCUACAGGGAAACAGGAUCAGCGUCCUUCCCAGAGGGGUGUUCUGCUGUGGACCUCUGUCAAUUCUAGACUUAAGCAACAACCUCAUCACAACCAUAGAAGAGAGAAUAUGUGACGACCUUUGCAAUUUAACACAAAUUGACCUAAGCAGCAACCCGUUUGUGUGCGACUGUAAGUUGUUUCGGUUGGUCAGCUGGCUGCAGGAGAAAGGCGUUCGGGUUCAACACCCCGAUGCCAUGCUGUGUAACAAACCUUUAGAGCUUCGCCACCAGCCCCUCCUCAAUGUCAGCAUGCGGACCUGUGGUCUGAAUUACGCCGGGUGCCUGGAGGACAGCAGCAGUGGAGGUGGAGGACGCAGUGAGCUGGUUAUCUUUUCUUCCUCCACACCGGGGAACUUCACUCGGGAACAGUGCAACAGUGUGUGUUUUGCUGCAUCCUACCGCUAUGGCGGUCUGGGAGCAAGACACGAGUGUCUCUGUAGCACAAACUCUGAGCCCAACUUCAUCAGCGAGUCCCAGUGUUCUGCCGCCUGCACCAACUGGCAUGUGAUGAAGGAAUGUGGGUGGACUUUGGCUCUAGAUGUGUUUGCAGUGGAAUUUUCAGUGUCACUGAAGCCCCUCCCACUGCAGAGUGUUCACCAUCCCAUCAGUUUCUAUGCUGCCUCCUCAGUCAGUUCAGCGACUCUGUCCUGGGACUUCGGUGACCUUUCACCUCGGGUCAACACAACAGGUUUAGAACUGACCUCUGUGACACACAAAUACGGACUUCCUGGUCAAUAUGUGGUCACUGUGAUGGCCUGGGCUGGAAACAAGGAGGCGUCAGCACGCACACAAGUGUCGGUGACUCUUCCUCCUAAACUGGAGCUGCAAUGUCCACUUCUCGGUGUGGCCAAUCAGAGUCUAGACUUCAGGCUGGUCAGCUGGGGGUCUGUUGGGGUGGAGGUAGACUGGAAGAUCACGAAAAAUGAUGCAGAGGUUUUGAAAGCUUCCCCUCCUUGUCCAAAAGACGGGGUACAUCACAAAGAGUCCUCGCGCUGUUUCCAGAUAGUUACUGUGGAGCUCAGCUGGACCGAUGCUCGGCAGCAGUGUUCAGAUCGCGGUGGAGAUCUGGCAGUGGUGAGAGGUGAUGUGCUGAACCUCCUGGCACCCAAAGUCACACAGGACCGAGGCGUUUGGCUGGGCUUGAGUGAUGUCAACUCACCUGGCAGACUGCGAUGGGUGAACGGUUCUGACGCUUGGAACGGAGAAGAGGGUCUGCCCCCUCGUUCCCUGAUGACUCAAGGAAAUGUCUGCGUGUCUUUGGAUCAGCGGGCUCAAACCAGUUCGCACCCGUGCAAUGCCAAGCGGGCAUAUGUGUGUCAGUACACCCCCCAAGUUCGUCUCCCAGAUUCUGGGAUCUGCCGUACUGGCUUGGCUGUGCUCCCCUCCCACAAUGCUUUGCAUCAGGCGUCCCCAUCAAGUCCUUCCUCAAUCACACAAACACCUGCCAACAUUGUGGAGGUGAUGCUGUUUCCAUCUUUAAGCUUCGUCCAAGCGGGUCGUCUGUCUUCUCUGGAGUUCGUCACUCAAGAGCUCCAUGCGCAGAUUAACGUCCGAUUUCAGAUCUAUCGACCUCACUGCCACCUUCGUGGUCGGCACCUGCUGCUGCCCAGUUGUGCAGGUCAGGCAUGUGCUCCGGUGGCGUCUUGUGUCACCCAUGACACGAAGCUCGUUGACCCGCCUCCAUGUCCCAGACUGGAACAGUGGUGUCUGUUUCAGCAACAGUGUCUGCCCCUUUCCGCUGCCUGCGCGCCCUCCUCUUGCCCCAACUGUACCCAUGGUCACCACUUGCCCCGGGAUGCUGUGAGGCCACAAUACAUACUUCAAGAUGAGGUGGUCUUCACGCUACCUGCAGGACCUGCUGCGACAAUCCUGGUGCAGGACCAGCUAGAAGAUCUCCUGGUUUCACCCGGUGAUGUCAUCGCCUUACAGCAUAAUGCCGGCCCGGCAUCUCUCCUUACUUGCCGAUCCACCCCUCUCUCUCCAUGGCGACAUUCUGUCAUGGUACUGAACCAGUCCGAGUGGUUCUGGAUGAACUACACUGAGCAGGAUUCGAAGACGUCAGACCAUAGUCUUUCCCACCCGGUGCUUGACUUGGAGGCGCUGGUGGAUAAAGGUGAAGCAGGUUGGCUCGAGGACGUGGUCUGUCCAAUCAGAAUUCUCUCUGUGGGCCACAGUGAGACGCAGCUGCAGGGUGCGCAGCUGUCUGCCGGCCUGGGUCAACCCGGACUCUAUAGCCUGCUGGUUACAUCAGCCGAACCAACAUAUCCUGUGUCUGCCUCCUGUCCAUUUCGAGUGGUGCCUCCUUUAGGCUUGACCAUCCUCCACCCUCCACUUUUGAACGGCUCCGUCUACCUGCAGCCCAACAACACCCGGCUGCUGCUCCGCGUACAGUCGCGCUUUACAACUAUAGCGUCUCAUGUCAGUGGUAAUUUUACCGUGACCUUUCAGCCCGACUGUCCCCCAGAGUUUUCGUCCAGCCCAACACUCUGUCGACCCGGAUCACAGACAGAUGUGUCGGAACUAAGCCAGUAUGCAAUAAUGGAUCUCAGGCUUACAGGAAAUGAGCAGAAGGAGCCAAUGCAGGUGGAAUUAGAGGCCCACAAUAAUGUCACAGAAGGUCGAUUGAGCGUGAUGGUUCACCUGGAGGAACCACUCAGAGGACUGGAGGUGAAGCCUCAUCCCACCAACAGGGUCCUGAUGGAGUCAGUGGUGAGCUACACAGCAUCAGUCGUCCAAGGCACCAAUCCCACCUUUAAAUGGACCGUUGAUGACAAGCCUUACUUCACGUAUUACAACACGGUCCUCAACGUGAUCUACCAGCAUGCCGCCAUCUACAAACUCACUGUGACCGCCAUGAACCACAUCAGCAGCAUCACCGAGCAUUUUAAUGUGACUGUGGACCGUCUUCAGCCCAUGACCAAUCUCACAGUUAAAGGGGUUCCAGAUGUGGUACCACAGGGCUCAACUCAGACCCUCUCCACAUCAGUGCUGGUGGACAUGUCCGUCCCCGCCACCUUCCGGUGGUGUUUUGGUGAUGGAGGAUAUAAGGAGUUUGACUUUAAGCCUCCAUAUCCUUCCUCCCUUCUCAGUCAAGAUUCCCCAAAUCAGGUUCUCCUGAGCAGCAAUGUCACCUACAUUUACUCCCAGCCAGGAAUAUAUGCAGCGCUGGUGUCGGUGUCCAAUCGUUAUGAGAACAUCAGUCGGAGCAUCAACAUGAGUGUCUACAGCAUCCUCACCCGUCUUGACAUACAAAGAGACCCACAGCUCCUGCUAGCAAGCAAACUGGCUGAAUUUGAGGCUCACCCUUUGCCCUCACCUUACGGAAUUCACUACGAUUGGAAUUUCGGAGAUGGUUCUGCCGUUGUGCAAGGUCGUCGAGUGGCACACACCUACACACAGAGCGGAUACUUCAAUGUGUGUGUUUCAGUCAACAACACCAUCAGCUCUAUGAAAGCCUGCACUGACAUCUUUGUCCAUGAGGAGAUCGAGAAUUUGACAGUGAGAAGUUCAGGUCCGACUGAGCUUCACGCCCCGACAUCAGUAUGGGGGCACCUCGACUCCGGUAACAACAUCACCUGGACUUUUGCCAUGGGAGAUGGACGCAACUACUCGUCGUCUGAACCUCACAUUUCACACACCUACACUCACGAGGGCAACUACACUGUCAAUGUGACCGCAGCUAAUGCUGUGAGCUCUGGGUGGACAACCCUCACCGCUCAAGUCUUCGUCUUCCAAAUAGUGAAGAUUGAGCCUUCUGGUUGUGUCCAGGAGAAGGUCCCUUUUGACAUUCAAGCCUGGGUGUCUGGAAAUGCCUCAGCACACACUUAUGAGUGGAGCUUUGGUGACAAAAGUCCGAAUGAAACCCAUCAUGGCAUCCCGAGAGUUGCACACACUUAUUGGUCAAGUGGAAUGUACCAACUCUCCCUGCUUCUGUCCGGUGGAGUCAACGCUGCUUCAAAGGCCCACCUCCUCAAGUGGAUGUGUGUGCAGCCUGUGAUAACCAAAACCGACCUUCUCCUGGAGAAAUUGCAAGUUGCAGUCAGCGAGGAGAUCCCGCUGCAAGUCACAGCCGAGCCAGACUUUACCUACAGCUACCAGUGGGACUUUGGCAGAGGCGGAGAUCCCAUACUGAUUCAGGGGAGCGGAAGUAUCGUCACAUCUUACGAAAAACCUGGCCUUUACUUCGUGACCGUGACUGUGUUUAACAACAUUUCAGCCAGCAACAGCAGUCUCCCGAUUGAGGUCCAGAUACCAGUGGGACCUUUGACCAUACAACACAACGGUACCAAGCACAACAACCUGACUCUCAGAGCACCGUACUAUUUCACAACAGACUUUUGGCCUUCGGAUGUCACAUACACCUGGAAUUUUGGAGAUGGAAAUGUUCGGAUAGGGCAAAACGUCCUUCACAUCUACAACACUAGUGGGCACUAUAAUGUGACGCUGACAGCAGCCAAUAAAGUCAGCAGCAAUCACACUUUCUUGCCUGUCACUGUCCUUGCUGCGAUCCGUAGACUAACUGUUAACUCCAGUCUGAUCAACGUGCCCCUCAAUGCACUUGUAGACUUCGAAGCCCACCUAGAGGAAGGAGAUAAUGUUCGGUACUCUUGGAUUUUGUGCGACCGUUGCACGUCCAUCCCUGGGAACCACACCAUGUUCUACACCUUCCGCUCCGUCGGAACUUUCAACAUCAUUGUAACCGCUGAGAACGAUGUCGGGACAUCACAAGCAAGCAUCUUUCUGUUUGUUCAGCGGGAGCUUGAAGGUCUGCAGAUUUUAACAGAGGAGGACAUCAGGUGGGCUGGUGGAGGAAGGGAGGGGGUGGAUUGCUGUUUUUUUGCUACACAUCACGUUCUCCACUUAUAUGCGGGGUGGAAGGAAGGAACCAACAUGACCUUCACCUGGAACUUUGUCAGAGAGAUGGAUCCUCAAAGCUCAACUUUUAACAUCAGUGGCAAAUCUUCUGAGGUCCGCUACUCCAAACCCGGUCCGUGCGUUGUCUUCCUCCGGGCAGUUAACCUCCUGAAUCAGCUGACAGUCAACAAAACCAUCCACUUCUUGGAUCCUGCACGUGGAGGUUUCUUGCAUAUCAGCCGCAAACCUGUCGCGGUGAAUUCCUCGACUAACCUCACAGUUUUGACCGUGGAGGGUUCGGACCUGCAGUACCAGUGGUUGGUGAACGGGGAGGCUCUGCUGGGGAACUCUCCCUGGAGGACGCACACCUUCACCAGUCCUGGACAAAAACUAGUAUCAGUGGAAGUUUUCAAUGCAGUUAGCUCAGUUCUCCUGUCUGAGGAGGUCAGUGUCCAGGAGGUCAUAUCUGGGGUUAGCUUCACAGCAAUCACGGUGACAGACCAGGGUUAUGUGGCGACGGGUUCCAACGUCUCCCUCCUGGCUGAGAAACUCACAGGAACCAAUGUAACCUGGACGUGGCUCUUUGAAGGAAAUACAGAGACCGGGGAGAACACUUCAGUCGUGUUUAUGGAGCCAAAGACCACCUUUGUUACUCUGAAUGCCACCAACGACGUCAGUGGGCAGGUGGUCACAAAAGAGUUCUUCGUGCAGGACAAGAUUCAGGGUUUGGAACUCAAGACAGGCAAUAAGGAGACGAUCGUAACGGUUGGCCAAAAGGUAGAGUUUGUAAUUUCCAUGGCUGCCGGCACGGAUGUUCAACUGAUCCUCAGCAUCAGCGGAGAUGCCACAGUCACGCCCAAGCCGAACCAGACCUACGUGCACACCUUCACCCGGGUGGACACCUACAUGGUCAACCUCACAGCUCAUAACCAGGUAAGUCACAAGCGGCGACACCUGCAGGUGGAGGUGAUGGAGGCAGUGCGAGGCCUGUCAAUCAUCGGAGUCAGCGCAGCGAUACCUGUCGGUGUCAAGAGAUUGUUUGUGGCCAAUACUGUGACUGGUAAACCGGUCAGUUUCAUCUGGACAUUCGAUCUUCACCACCACCACCACAAGACUGCACACAUGGGGAAAGAGUUCUCCUACACGCCAGAAGAAGCCGGUGUUCUAACAAUUUUCCUGCGGGCCUUCAACGCACUCAAUGCUCAAAACGUUACCAGUCACAUCGUGGUGCAGAAUAUCCUCACUGCCGCAACCAUUGAAGCGACGCCACACCACACCUUUAUCAACAAGACUGUGUCCUUCGUGGCCUCAUUCACACCCAAGUCCAGCGAUGUCGAGUGCAUCUGGGACUUUGGCGACAGGUCCAGUCCACAAAAGACUCUUUCAACUUCAGCAGCUCAUGAAUACAGGAGUCCAGGACACUUUGUGGUCCAAGUGAACUGCAGUAACCGGGUGAGCUGGGUUCCAGCAGAGGUGGACAUCAAUGUGCUGGAGUGUGAUGAGCCAGAGGUGCAGAUUAUUCAAGCGCCACGCCUCGCUAUCUGGCGCUCUCAGCCCACUUUGCUGGAGGCUAGCGUAGACCUGAAGGGCUGCAUGAUCUACGGAGUUCAGUAUCUCUGGCAGAUCCUCUCAGCUCCCUCCUGCGGUAAUGACCAGCGUGGAGAUGCGACUGGUGCGUCUCAUUCAUCAUCUGCUGGAGUCAUUCACCUUCCCAUGGAAGUAGACGUGAGACGACUGCAGCUUUCGCUGCCUAGAAUGACUCUGGCGCCUGGGAACUACACCCUGGUAUUCUCGCUGUCAUAUGAUGGCAUGCCUCUGCAGAAGACCGUCUUUCUUCAGCUCAGCGUCAUGGCUGCAAGGCUGAUGCCCAUCAUAGAAGGUGGCACUUACCGGGUUUGGUCUCGGACCCAGGACCUUCAGCUAAGUGCUGUACAGUCCUAUGACCCCAACAUGGACCCAGAGACCCAAUCCCUGCUUCACUACCACUGGGAUUGUCAAGGCACCUCCAAAGGUCCCGAGCACUGCUCCACUCUGAACUUCGGACUGGGCUGUAACGACCCUGUACUCGGAAUAUCUGGCUCUGAGUUGGAGGCUGGCGUUGAAUACACCUUUAAACUGACCAUCAGUAAAGACUGUAUGUCGCCUGAGUCCACAACCCAAACUGUUCUCGUCCAGAGCGGUCACAUCCCAAUGGUGUACCUGGAGUGUGUGUCCUGCAAAGCGCAGUCGAUCUACGAAGUCAGCCAGAAUUCCUACGUGUAUCUCAAAGGGACCUGCACAAACUGCCAUCGCUUUCAUCGUUGGCGUUGGUCUGCCAUGACGCUCCAGAACCAGACCCUGGUCCUGGACUCCUCCUCAACUACAACUGGAAGUGACGGCAUGAACCUGGUUCUCCGGCAAGGCGUCUUGCGACACAACGACUCCUACAUCUUCACUUUGCAUGUUACCGACGGCAGCUUGGAUGGGGAGGGUGCCGCCUCCAUUACUCUGCAGCACAAUAGGCCUCCUGCCGGCGGGGAGUGUCAUUUGAGAGUUGGAGGGGAAGACGGUGUGGCGCACGCAGUCGGAGACGGUGGAGGGUGGAAAAUGCACACGCUGCGCGACAGAGUUUACUUCAACUGUUCAGGUUACAGUGAUUUGGGCGUCUCAGAGACACCUUUGCUCUACAGUCUGUUGGUGAGCCGCUGCAGGAAAGAAUACUGCGAGGACUUCUGCGUGUACAAAGGCAGCAGCCCGGAGCACUCGGCUUUCCUUCCUCCAGGUUUCAAGACAGCGCAGCAUCAGUUGAUUGUUCAGAUCACGGUGGAGGAUCAUCAGGGAGCUGCAAUCACUGCCUUCAAUGAGUCCAUCCAAGUCCUGAUUCCAGAUCCCCCACCUGAGUACAGCAGUCUUCCUCACUGGCUGGCCGAUCUGACAGAUAAUGCGCUUAAAAACCUGCUGGAACAGGGGGAUUCCCAGAGGGUCCGAGAAUUGUCCUUGGCUAUCAUUACCGUCCUGAACGAGUAUGAGUCGAGCACCAAGUCUGAGCUGUUGCACAGAGUGGAUCGCGAUUACCGGAUUAAAGUUCGCAACAACAUCACCAGAGCCCUGACAGCUCUGGAUCUGAGCACCGUGAGCGACAUUCAGCAGACGUCAGCUGCUCUCGCUCAGUGCACGGCGGUGAGUCAAGAGGUCAUCUGUGAAGAGUGUCAGAACAGCACGCUCAACAAAUUGGAGUCCAUGUUGGAGAUUCUCCAGACUGACACUAAGCAGGGAACCGUCACUCCCACGGAGAUCGCAGACAACAUUCUGAACAUCAUGGGUGACCUGAUCCACCAAGUCAGCCAGUCUGCCUCCCAGCUCAACACCCAGCCAGCAUAUGUGGAUGCUGCUUCACAUGCCUUCACUUCCCCGUUGCCCUCCACUGUUGUGGAAGGUCACGGGGGCUUCCCGUUUGAGCCUUCCACUUCUGGGGAGACUUACCCUUUGCGCGUCGCAGCGAAGGCAUACAACCUAUCAUCCGUCCUCAUGCUCAUCCUCAUGCAUGCCCGCGUUCUUAAUGAGGAGCCUCUCGUGCUGAAGGGAGCCGAGAUUGCUGCAACUGGAAAACUGGCUGACCCUCAGAGCUUGCUUUGUUAUCAUGGUAACGACACACCAGAAUGCCACUGGUUCUCAAUCCCUCGUGCGUUCAACUACAGUCUUGGCAAAGUAGCUGCUGGAAACAACAUCAUGCAGCUCCUGUUUCAGAUGGAGUCCAACCCCUUCCCCUUUAACUACGUGGCGAACUACACAGUCUCCACUGAGGUGGCAUCCAUGGAGUUCCGGACGGAAAACGGCGCGCAGAUUCCUAUUUCAGGACUGGAUGACAACAUGGCCAUCACUGUUGCUAUUAACAAUGGCAGUGGGGGAGAAGGACUGAAGGAUCCCAGUGCUGGAAAAGUCCCGAUAGCCGGAGCUGUGAACAUCAGCCAUUGUGACUCUGUUAUUGUACGGGUCAGCGCAGGAAACACCAACCAACAAGCCGGACUCUUCAUCCAGCUUAACUUCACAUCGCUGCAAGAUGCCCAAGACGUUUUAGAGGAGGAAGAGGAGCCCCAUAUCACAGCCUUCCUUCAUUCCCACAAGCAGCCAAAUGAGUUUAACUGCACAGAGAAGAAGAGGAUCACUCAGAAGAUGACCCAGGGUCACAGUUUGGACCACAGGAACUACACCUUUUUCUUGUCGCCAGAGUUGUACGACACCACGACUGACUACUACAUCAACGUGAGCACAUCCUGCAGCCACGGUGCUCGUCCAGUUCACGUGGAGGUCAGUUUGUUUGCGUACCUCUGCCAGUACUUCAGUGAAAGCGAGCAACAGUGGCGGACUGACGGCAUGGUGCCGCUAGCCGAAACUAACGCCACCAGGGCCGUCUGCCGGACUCGACACCUGACCCCCUUCGCUGCCGGACUCUUUGUGCCAACCAACGCCGUCAGCUUCUCAGUGCCAGGCCGCUCUGGAGCAACAAGCUUAGUGGUGCUGCUGGUGUGUGUGUUGGGUUUGCUCUGCUAUGUGGUUGCAGCAGCCGUUCUGCACAAGCUAGAUCAGCUGGAUUUACGUCAGGCUGGUGUGGUGCCUCUGUGUGGCCAAGAUGGACUCUUCAAAUACGAGGUUCAGGUCAAGACUGGCUGGCUCAGGGGGGCAGGCACGACAGCACACGUGGGAAUCAGCUUGUACGGGCGCGAGGGCCGCAGUGGCCACCGCCACCUGGACAGCCGAGGAGCCUUCGCUCGGAACUCUCUCGACAUCUUUCAGAUAGCGACUGACACCAGCCUGGGCAACGUGUGGAAGCUUCGCAUUUGGCAUGACAACAAGGGUUUGUCUCCAGCCUGGCUGCUUCAGUAUGUUCUGAUCAAGGACCUGCAGACAGGAAGCAGCUACUACUUCCUGGUGGAGGAGUGGCUUUCGGUGGACAAUGAGAAAACUGAGAGACAAGUUGAAAUCGAGGUGGAGGUGUCAGAUGAGGCGGCGCUCCAUCACUUCCCCCGCCUUGUGCGUUGGGAGCUGCAGAGGGCGCUGUGUGAGAGUCACCUGUGGCUCUCGCUGUGGGAGAAGCCUCCUCGCAGUCCUUUCACACGUCUGCAGAGGGCGACAUGCUGCGCAGUGCUACUGGAGUUCAUCAUUUUGGCCAACACUUUGUGGUACAGCAUCGUGGUGGACACAAGAUACGGCUCCCAGGCAGUGUCCAGGGUUUCUUCAUUAAAUGGGGAGACGGUGGCAGCAGGUGUGGUCACGUGCCUGAUCGUUUAUCCCCUCUACCUGCUGGUCUUCACAGUCUUCCGAAUGAGCCGCAGUAAGUGUGUGUCUGUGGAGCAGGUGCCACCCCACGUGGACCAAGAGUCGGUCGAGAUUGACGACUUCCUGGACAACUCCAUGGCUGGAAGCUCCUUCCUGUAUUUUAACGGGGAGACAAACUCAGAGGAAACCAACAUGGAUCUGCCGACACUGUCAACCAAAAGUGUGGAAAGUUGGGGCUCAACUGAGGAAGAGGUGGAUGACCAGGACUGGCCAGAGCUGCAGAGUAACGGCGGUGGAGCAGGACACGGAGCCGGGCCUCCCAGACUGAAGAGGGGUCAAGGCAGCAGACAUCUUGGGGUCGAUAUGACCUUUAACCCGAAUGACGAGGAGGGAUCUGAGCAGCGGAACAAAUGUUUCACCUCAUCAGAUGAGGACUUGAUCAAACACAUUCUGACCGACGGACAGAACUUUUUCCCUCAGGCGGAUGAGAGUGAAAUGGCAGACCUGUCGAGUAUUUUUGGAGAUAAAACAGAAGUGAUCCUGCUGCCGAAGUUGAACGACCCCCUCCCACUUGAGUCUGCGAGGAGGGACCCGCCCAAAAACGCUUUCACCUCAAACACAAUCGUGGCAGACGUGUGUCGACCCAGACGCUUCCCUCCCUGGUGCGGUCAAGUGGCUCUGUGGGGAAGCUGGACUGGGAUCAUGCUGGCAAACUGUGUCUCCAUCUGGGCGGGCAGAGGGUUUGGCCAGAAGGUCUCCAUGAUGUGGCUCAUCUCCUGUUUUGCCAGUUUCCUGAGCUCCUGCCUGCUGCUAGAGCCACUGAAGGUUUUGUGCGAGGCCUUCUACUACGCCGUCUGCGUCCGUCGCCUGCGUCCAGAGGACCAGGACGUGCUGGUGGAGUUCCCCAGAGUGGAGCGGGUCGUUCAGAGGGUCCCGAGGGUGAGACCCCCGCAGGGGUUCGCCCUUUCCCAGGCUCGGCAGCAGGCCCGCAAAGUCCACAUGCUGCACACCAUGUUGAAGAACUUUCUGGUCUACAUGUUCUUCCUGUUGGUGGUUCUACUUCUGAACUAUUCGGACUCGGACAGGGACACGCACGGCCUGAGACUGCGCAACCAGCUGCAACACGUGCUGCACACGCCAGAGUACCGCAAUAUCUGCAGCCGAGAUGAUGUUCUGACGUGGCUGAAUGGAUCCUUGUUGCCUCGUCUCCUGGACGACUCAGCCCUUCUGAGGGACACAGGAAGCUUGUUGCUCGGCACCUUAAGACUCAGGCAGAUCAGCCACACACCAGCUGGUUCCAGUCCAAGUGUUUGGUUCAGUUCCUCCAGAGAUGCUCGGACUUUCCCAGAAUUCUCCAGUGUGGAGCGAGAGCAAGAGGAGGAUCAUGACAGGCUGGACUUGAUCCUGCAUGUGAAUAGAAGCCUGCAGGAGGCUUCCUCCUCCCUUCAGCAGCUGCAGCGCCACCACUGGCUCAACGCCAGGUCACGCUCCAUCUUCGUGGAGUUUUCGCUGUACAACAUUAACACCAACCUUCUGGCCGUCUUCUCCUUCCACUUCGACUUCCCGGUGUCCGAGCGCGCUCAGUCCAGCCUGGACCUGGUGGUCAUCAGCCUGUGGCCCAUCACCAGCCUGGACCUGCAGCUCCUCCUCCUGAUCAUCCUUCUGGGCCUGGUGUUGUACUUCCUGCUGCGAGGUAUUUUGGGAGUCCUGCGAGACGGCAGAGGUUACCUGCUGUCCGCCUGGAGGCUCCUGGGCCUGUGCAAAAUUGCUCUGGCUGCAUCAGUGUGUGGCUUUCACCUCAGCCGCUGCGUCACGGCCUCACAGCAGUGGGCGUCCUACACCAGACACCCCCGGGACGCCUUCACCGACUUCCACCCACUGGCCAAGCAGAGUCAGACCUACACAGUGCUGUCGGCGCUGCUGCUCUUCAUCCUGGUGCUCAAGGCGUCCCAUCAGCUGCGCUUCCUCCGGGAGUGGGCGGUGUUUGGCCGAGCUCUGCGCCGCUCCGUGUUGGAGCUUCUGGGAAUUGCAGUAGCGUCGCUGCUACUUCUGCUGGCCUUUUCUCACAGCGGACAUCUGCUCUUCCACUCCAUCAUCGACGGCUAUGGCAGCGUGGGCCGCGCCUGCCUGACUCUUCUGGGUGCUGGUGGGCGUGGCCUGCUAUCCUGGAGGCCCGGCUGGACCAUGAGCGGACCCUCCAGCUGCGGCGCCUCCCUGUUGUUCCACCUGGGCCUGGCCGUGCUGCGGCUGGCGCUGCUGUGGCUGGUGACCACCGUGCUGCUGCGGAACUACCGGCGCGCCCGGGCCGAGCUCUACCGUCCGGCCGUGGACCUGCAAGACUACGAGAUGGUGGAGCUGUUCCUCCGCCGGCUCAAGAUGUGGAUGGGACUCAGCAGGACUAAAGAGUUUCGCCACAAGGUCCGCUUCGAGGGAAUGGAGCUGCCGCCGUCCCGCUCCUCCUCCACCAGCGACUGCAAGUCUCUGUGCCUGCCGCCUCUGGACCGGCCGGACUCCCCUCAGACUCCAGACAGCGUGGACGGCGGCUCGGAGGCCUCCUGGUGUCCGGCCUCCUCCAGCCCCUGCAGCCUGACCGAGGCGCCCGGGUUCGGCCCAGGGCUGGGCCUGGGCCUGGGGCCGGGCCCCGGCGUGUUGGUGGGAGGGGCCAGCUGGAGAGAGCAGGCCGAAACCGAGGCGUCCUUGCGGAGGCUCCUCCCCACGCUGGACGCCCUGCUGCAGCAACUGGACCGAGUCACCAUGGCGACGGAGGACGUGUAUCACAUGGAGUGCAGACUGGAGCGCAGUGAGAGGAAGAGGAGGAGGAGGAGGAGGGAGGGCUCUGGGUGUCAGGAGAGGAAGGGAGCCAGAGAGAAGCAGAAGGGGAACAAGAAGGGGAAGAAAACUGAUAAAAAGAGCUCCUCUUCCUUCUUAAAGGCCAAGCCGACCUCCACGCCUGCUCCUCACGCCUCCUCCUCCUCCGCUGGAGAAACACCUGCCCCCGCCCCCUCAUCUCCCUCCACCCGUGCUCAGGCCUGGGACCCUCUGACAGAGAGAGAGACCCUCCCCUCCUCAAGUCUCUUCAACCACCCAGCCCACACCACCACCACCCCCCCCACACUCAAGCGGAAACGGAAGCCCCCUCCCCUCAAAAACAAGGUGCACCCCACUUAGAGCGACGCUGGGGCUGAAGCUGCAGAAGAGUGUCGGGUUAAGGACGAGGGCAGGACCAGGGCAGCGGGUCUGCCGUCUGGCUCCGCCCUCUAAACCCGGGACUGAAGCACAGGAAGUGUCUGGCGGUGCGGGUCACCCGUGCAGUGGACGCACCUCUCGUGACCCUGGUGGACACGUGAGGCCACCGACAGGAGCACAGCAAGGUGCUCGCCUCAGGAACCCUGGCACGGCUUCACAUGUGGACCUGGUUCAGGCAUCGCUGCUGCUUGGAGCCCACUGAUGUGGGGUCAGACCAAAGCCACCAGGGGUGACCUGAAGAGAGGAGUCCUCGACUGCACUGCAACAUAGGUUUAGAGUGACUUGUUUUAACUCACUUCAGGAGGCGCAGUUCUGUUUCACCCCUAGUUGGCUCGUGGUCUGGAUCCCACACACAUCCACUAUAUGGAAACAGGAAGUCCAAGUGGCAGGAAGUGAUGCGAACCGUUCAAGUAGUUGUUGCCAUGUUGUUAUCAAAAAGCACUUUUGAUGUCCUUAAACUAAUAAGCUUCUCUCAGACCGUCAGUGAAUAUAAGCCAAAGCUUUAGCGUCACCACGACGUCUCGGUUUGUACUUUGCACUUUAUUUUUUUGCCUCUAAAGGUUCAGCUAAAGUUAGCGUGUUAUAUUUAGCGCUCCUCGCCUUGAUGGCUGCCAUCCGUGUCCGGGGGAAGAUCUCAGGAACUGGCCAUAGAAAAUGAAAAGCAAAAAGGUGCUUUUUUGUGGGGGGAGGGGGGAUUUAGGGAAGUUGGGGUGAAGCCAAGUCAGUCAGUGAAAAUUUUCAGCUCAGACUCAAGCCGUCUGGCUGAGACUCGGAGCAGAUCACAGACUCAUUUCUAGGCUUUAACUCAAAUUCAGAACAGCUCUGAGAAAAUGGCGGUUUUCAUGAUGGUCAUUUAGAGUUUACAGGUUAUAAAGCAGGAAGAUGUUUCCCUCACCCCGAGACAGUGUCACCUUCCGCCCAAAGAAUGAGUGAGCGAUAGAGUUCAAUACGGCAGAAUGAAAUAGCUGAAAGCCGAAUCUUCCCUCUCACACAGGGGAGUGACAGUCACAGUCCGGUGUCCAUUUGUGUAUAUGUUGGUGCUUAUCGGUGUAAAUAUUUGUGCUUGUUAUGGUAUUUUUGCUUCGGUACUGCGGCCCGUCACGUUCAAGUCCUACAGCCAAAGUUCAUGUAACCGUCUGUAAGCACCAGAGAAGCUGAGUAUUUAACGUCUGUUCCUGUAGUUUUGUUGUGUUAGGUGCAAAUGAAGUUUGUUUUUUUAAUAAUGGUUUUUAUGCUCUUGCACUUGACAAUGUUAAAUAAAGCGUUUAACAGCUGCGGUGAGUCAGUUUUCAUCAUGAAAAGCCACCAGGAAUUGUCUUAAACAACUUUAAUCUUCAGUAUUUUUGGAUCCGCAGAGCAGGAGUGACACU